ACUAGAUAACCAUUUGAUCUCAACUUUCUACAUUUUCGCAUUCUUUGUACCAACUCCGACCACCCACGCACCGAAGAGAUGAUCUCCAAAAUUAACGAUACUUAGAUGGUUUCCUUUGGCGACCAACCUAAGAUUUAAAUCGUCGCAGAAGCACAUUAUAAUUGCUUCUCCUCUUCACUACGACUGUUCUACAUACCGCGACGGUAACCGCGAUGGCGAGUAUCGAUCGAUACCGACCUCCUUACAGGGAAAGCUACCAACUACCAUCCGUACCUCAAAACAAUACCACAGCCAGCAGCUCCUCAAAAUCACCCUCCAGAAGGCGCGAGGUUCCACCCCCUGUUCCUUCGCCACCCACCAAUUCCUCGCGGACAUCACCUCCUAGACCCCAGUCGCGACGAAGCGCGCCCUCUCCCUCCCGCUCACCCGCAAAAUCACCACCCACCAUGGCGAACCAGUGGCAUUUUACUCAAGACGAAGUUCUAAGCAGCCCAAGUAUUAUAGAUGGAUUGUCGCCAGCCGAGGAGAGAUUACGACGAGCGAAGGGAGUGAACUUCAUAUACCAAGCCGGCAUUCUACUAGAACUUCCCCAGACCACCCUCUACGUCGCGGGCGUAUUCUUUCAUCGAUUUUUUAUGAGGUGUAGCAUGGUCGAGGAGAAGCAUGGAAUACAUCAUUACAAUAUUGCAGCGACUGCACUUUUCCUAGCGAACAAGACCGAGGAGAACUGUCGCAAGACGAAAGAUAUUAUCAUUGCGGUCGCGAAAGUUGCCCAAAAGAACGCAAAACUUAUCGUGGACGAGCAAUCGAAAGAGUACUGGAGAUGGCGCGACAGCAUCCUCAUGUUCGAGGAAGUCAUGCUCGAAAAUUUGACAUUUGAUCUUAUGCUCGAAAGUCCACACUUCAAAUUAUACGACUUCCUCGGCCAACUCCAGGUCAUCCACAACAAGAACCUUCGACACGCUGCUUGGGCAUUUUGCAACGACUCAUGUCUUACCAUUUUGCCUCUCCUAAUGGAUGCUAGAGACAUUGCCAUCGCGUCCAUCUUCUUCUCCAGCACGUUUACUAAUGAACCGAUCGAAGAUGUUAAUGGAGAACCAUGGUGGAAGGCUCUGAAUGGAGAUGAGGAUCAUUGUGCCAAGGCGAUAAAUGUAUUGAAGGAAUUCUACGUUGAAAACCCCUUGCGCAAACAGGAGAAUCCCUACUCCCAAUCGCCCGUAUUCGAGCUCGAGAACACCCGAAGGAGGGGUGAAGACAUCAGCGGGCGUUCGAUCAACGGAACCCCAAGAACUGAUAGCGCUACACAGAGUCCGAAGGGUAAAGUUAACGGCCUCGACGAGUCAGCAGCAGAAAGGGAGAUCGAUACAGCCGCUGCUGAAUCUGCCUCUCAAGUUGCUCCAGGCGAUUCCGAUGCAGUUCUUAAGGAGGCUGCGAAUAACCCUGCUAUCCAUCCAAGCACUAACGGAACUAAGAAGAAGGAGGUCGAGUCACUGGCAUCGGAAAGUCGCGAUCAGAAGCGACAACGUCUUAACUCGGACGAUGAUGACGAGGACGAUGAGGGAGAGGUGCAUGAAUAGGAGAGUGCGUUCUUAUCCUCAAGCGACCACAUCCAAGGCAACGAUUCGGAUUGGGAGGCCUUGACGAAAACACCCCCAAAGGUCCCGGAUGACGACUAUGACGACGACGUGGAAACAGUUAGGUACGAAGGGGAUGAUGAGCAAUCACCUAAGCACUAUGUAUGCGUUCCCGGAGUUACCAUAUUUUCUGAACAAUUGUAUCACCAAGCAAAUUGCGCAUUCUAUAAGGAGCAUCGACUUUCUGACUAGUCGAUACGGUUUCGAUUACGACGAUAGGAACGUUAAUAUUGACCCACCAGUCCCAGGUUAUAGGAGAUAGGGUUGCGAUGCGUAUUUGGUGGAAUCAGAAAACCAGCGGAAUGAGGCGAGAAGUGGCUAUGAUAUUAGCCAACACUUCCUGAAAUGUGUAAUUUGAUUUUCUCUUUCUCUGAUUUGCACGAGCCCGAAGGCUUUACGCGGCGUUUAUUUUUGGCUCAAGGGCAGGCUACGGGGGAGUUGGUAGUGGCACAUUUGCUCUGACAUUCUCGCGGUUAAGGGGGUUAACUUUU